AGUCGCGCGGGGCGGGGCCGCGUGCGCGGGGUCGGGGGCGCGCGGGCCUGAGCAGACGAGGGACGCGGCGGCGGUUGGCGGUGGCUGCUCAGAGUACCGCAAGGAUUGUGAGAGGAGGCUGCGGAGGUACCCGCGGCACCCGCAGAGACAGCGGCAGCGGCUGAGGCGGCGGUCCGACGCGUGCUCUCUGGGCGGGGUGCGGCGGGGUAUGUGCCUGCCCCGGCCGGGCGGAGUCUCUCUGACAGGGCGGGGGAUGCGCGGGGGCCGCUCUCUCGGACCCUGAGGCUGCUGGGCCCACCCUCCCGGAACCGUCCGACCCUCGGUGGCCUUAGCCUCUGCUGUCUCCGGCGGCCUGACCCUGGGGCCGCGGGUGGGAAGUGGCUUCUGGCGAAGAGGAGGGGGCUGUGGUGGCCACCGCGGCGGAGCCCGAGUUCUUUUGCCACGAAAAUGGUUUGCACGGUCUUGAACACAUACUAUCCAUGCUGAUGGGACAGAGUCCAAUAUGAAUAUAAAUGAUGGAGGAAGACGACGCUUUGAGGAUAAUGAACAUACAUUACGUAUAUAUCCUGGGACAAUUUCAGAAGGGACUAUCUACUGUCCAAUUCCUGCUAGAAAAAAUUCCACAGCUGCUGAGGUGAUCGACUCUCUUAUAAACAGACUUCAUCUUGACAAAACAAAAUGUUAUGUUCUUGCAGAAGUAAAGGAAUUUGGUGGAGAAGAAUGGAUACUCAAUCCAACAGACUGUCCAGUUCAGCGAAUGAUGUUGUGGCCUCGGAUGGCUCUGGAAAAUCGCCUGAGUGGAGAGGACUAUCGCUUUCUUCUGAGAGAAAAAAACCUUGAUGGAUCAAUCCAUUAUGGUAGUCUGCAGUCAUGGCUACGGGUGACAGAAGAACGCCGCAGGAUGAUGGAACGGGGUUUUCUUCCACAGCCUCAACAGAAAGACUUUGAUGAUUUAUGUAGCUUACCUGAUUUGAAUGAGAAAACUCUUUUAGAAAACCUACGAAAUCGCUUUAAGCAUGAAAAAAUUUACACCUAUGUUGGCAGUAUUCUAAUAGUUAUUAACCCAUUCAAGUUUCUUCCUAUUUAUAAUCCCAAAUAUGUCAAAAUGUAUGAUAACCACCAAUUGGGAAAACUGGAGCCCCAUAUUUAUGCUGUGGCUGAUGUAGCUUAUCAUGCCAUGCUUCAGCGCAAAAAGAAUCAGUGCAUCGUGAUUUCAGGAGAGAGUGGUUCUGGAAAGACUCAAAGCACAAACUUUCUUAUUCACCACCUUACUGCUCUCAGUCAGAAGGGAUUUGCCAGUGGAGUGGAACAAAUUAUUCUUGGAGCUGGACCAGUGCUUGAGGCCUUUGGAAAUGCAAAGACAGCUCAUAAUAAUAAUUCAAGUCGUUUUGGCAAAUUUAUUCAAGUAAAUUACCAAGAAACUGGCACCGUACUUGGUGCCUAUGUUGAAAAAUAUCUACUGGAGAAGUCCAGACUCGUUUAUCAAGAGCAUAAUGAACGGAACUAUCAUGUGUUUUAUUACCUCCUGGCAGGAGCAAGUGAAGAAGAAAGAUUAGCAUUCCAUCUUAAACAACCAGAAGAAUAUCAUUAUCUCAAUCAGAUAACAAAGAAACCCCUCAGACAGAACUGGGAUGAUUAUUGCUAUGACUCUGAGCCGGAUUGCUUCUCGGUGGAGGGGGAAGAUUUGAGGCAUGAUUUUGAACGCUUACAACUGGCCAUGGAAAUGGUAGGAUUUCUUCCCAAGACACGAAGACAGAUUUUCUCUCUUCUCUCAGCAAUACUACAUUUGGGUAAUAUCUGUUAUAAAAAGAAGACAUACCGGGAUGACUCCAUAGAUAUCUGUAAUCCUGAAGUUCUGCCCAUUGUCUCAGAAUUAUUAGAAGUUAAAGAAGAGAUGCUAUUUGAAGCAUUAGUUACAAGGAAGACUGUGACAGUGGGAGAAAAGCUUAUCUUGCCAUAUAAGCUGGCAGAGGCUGUGACAGUGAGGAAUUCCAUGGCUAAAUCUUUAUAUAGUGCCCUGUUUGACUGGAUAGUUUUUCGGAUUAAUCAUGCACUUCUGAAUAGUAAAGAUUUGGAGCAAAAUACAAAGACUUUGUCCAUUGGUGUUCUUGAUAUUUUUGGGUUUGAAGAUUAUGAAAAUAACAGCUUUGAACAGUUCUGUAUUAAUUUUGCUAAUGAACGUUUACAACACUACUUCAAUCAGCAUAUUUUUAAAUUGGAGCAAGAGGAGUAUAGAACUGAAGGUAUCAGCUGGCACAAUAUAGAUUAUAUUGAUAAUACCUGUUGUAUAAAUCUUAUUAGCAAGAAGCCAACAGGUCUGCUCCAUCUUUUGGAUGAAGAAAGCAACUUUCCACAGGCCACAAAUCAAACAUUGCUAGAUAAAUUUAAGCAUCAGCAUGAAGAGAAUUCUUACAUUGAGUUUCCAGCCGUGAUGGAGCCUGCUUUCAUCAUAAAGCAUUACGCUGGGAAAGUGAAGUAUGGGGUCAAGGAUUUCCGGGAAAAAAAUACAGAUCAUAUGCGCCCUGACAUUGUAGCUCUUCUAAGAAGUAGCAAGAAUGCAUUUAUCUCUGGGAUGAUUGGAAUUGAUCCCGUAGCUGUUUUCCGAUGGGCAGUUCUCAGAGCUUUUUUCAGAGCCAUGGUUGCUUUCAGGGAAGCUGGGAAAAGACACAUUCAGACAAAAACUGGGCAUGAUGAUACAGCGCCAUGUGCAAUUUUGAAAAGUAUGGAUAGUUUUAGCUUUCUCCAGCACCCAGUCCACCAGAGGAGCUUAGAGAUUCUGCAGAGGUGCAAGGAAGAGAAGUACAGUAUAACCCGGAAAAAUCCCAGAACACCUCUUUCUGAUCUCCAGGGCAUGAAUACUCUAAAUGAAAAAAACCAACAAGAUACUUUUGAUAUUGCAUGGAAUGGCAGAACUGGGAUUCGUCAGAGCAGACUAUCGAGUAGCACCUCUUUGCUUGAUAAGGAUGGGAUAUUUGCUAAUUCAGCUAGCAGCAAACUCUUGGAGAGAGCCCAUGGAAUUCUCAUGAGAAGCAAAAAUUUCAAGUCCAGGCCUGGCCUUCCAAAGCACUUGCUAGAAGUAAAUUCUUUAAAGCACCUGACAAGACUGACGCUACAGGAUCGCAUCACCAAGUCUCUUCUUCAUUUGCACAAGAAGAAAAAGCCUCCCAGUAUCAGUGCCCAGUUUCAGGCCUCCUUAAGUAAGCUGAUGGAGACACUUGGUCAAGCAGAACCCUAUUUUGUAAAAUGCAUUCGCUCUAAUGCUGAAAAGCUGCCAUUAAGAUUCAAUGAUGCCUUGGUGCUUCGACAGCUUCGGUACACUGGAAUGCUAGAGACCGUUCGAAUUCGCCAAUCCGGAUACAGCUGCAAAUAUGCUUUCCAGGAUUUUGUGAGCCACUUCCAUGUACUUCUUCCCCGAAAUAUUAUUCCAUCCAAAUUUAACAUUCAGGAUUUCUUCAGGAAAAUAAAUCUUAAUUCAGAUAAUUACCAAGUUGGAAAAUCCAUGGUGUUCCUAAAGGAACAGGAACGACAGCACCUACAAGAUCUGCUUCACCAAGAGGUGCUCCGCAGGAUCGUAUUAUUGCAGCGAUGGUUCAGGGUUCUGCUGUGUAGGCAGCAUUUUCUCCAUCUGAGACAGGCAUCCAUCAUUAUCCAGCGAUUCUGGAGGAAUUACCUAAAUCAGAAGCAAGUCAGAAAUGUAGCUGUGCAAAAGGAUGUUUUAGUUAUGGCUAGUGCAGCCACUCUGCUCCAGGCCUCCUGGCGUGCUCACUUAGAGAGGCAGAGGUAUUUGGAGCUCCGGACUGCAACUAUCAUCAUCCAGCAGAGAUGGAAGGAAUAUUAUAGACGGAGACAUAUGGCUGCUGUCUGCAUUCAGGCAAGAUGGAAAGGCUACAGGGAAAGUAAGAGGUAUCAAGAACAAAGAAACAAAAUCAUCCUUUUGCAAUCAAUUUGUAGAGGAUUGAGAGCAAGACAAAGGUUUAAAAUUUUAAAAGAACAAAGACUGAAAGAAACAAAACUAGAACUUGGAUUGGCAAAUACUGAGCCUUCUGGAGCUCUGGAAAUCCAGGGUUCAGACCCUUCAGAAUGGGAGGAUUGUUCCUUUGAUAACAGAGUUAAAGCUAUAGAGGAAUGUAAGUCUGUGAUAGAGAGUAAUCGAAUUAGCCAGGAAAGUUCAACAGACUGCUUGAAAGAGUCCCCAAACAAGCGACAGGAGAGAGCCAGAAGCCACAGUGGUGCAGACUUGCAGGAAGAAGUGAUUGUCAGAGAGAGACCUAAGUCCUUGGAGGAUCUCCACCAAAAAAAAGUAGGUCGGGCCAAAAGAGAAAGUCGGAGAAUGAGAGAACUAGAGCAGGCUAUAUUUAGUUUAGAAUUGUUGAAAGUUCGUUCUCUUGGUGGCGUAUCUCCCUCUGAGGAACGUAGAUGGUCUACAGAACUGAUGCCAGAAGCCCUUCAGUCUUUACAUGGUACACCUGACAGUGAAAGCUCUCAAGGAAGCUUGGAACUUCUGAGUUGUGAGGAAAGCCAGAAGAGCAAACCGGAAUCCAUAACUUUAGAUGAAGGAGACUUGCAGCUUCAGUCACCUAAAAUAUCUAGCAGUCCAAAAUUUGAUUCGCAGAACAAUGCCGUCAGUGCCUCAGGUGAGACUAACUAUUCUUUGAUUGAAAAGGGGGCAUCCUCUGACUCAGUCUAUUUGAAGAAUGGGACUAUGAAGGAAAAACUGGUUUGUAGUUCUGAAUCUAUUACCUGUAAGCCACAGCUGAGAGACCCCUUUAUUUCAAAUAGUUUGCCUACGUUUUUUUAUAUCCCUCAACAAGACCCACUGAGAACAAGUUCCCAACUAGAUACAAGUAUCCAGAGAAACAAGCUAUUAGAAACUGAAGAAACACUUUCAGCUCUCACUUCGGAUAUCAACAGGGAAGCCAGAAAGUACCACUUUCCAGGAGAAAAUCAAGUUGUUACAUCUUUGAAUACAGAUUCUUCUAAUACUGUGCUGAAGAAGUUAGAAAAGCUAAACAUUGAGAAGGAAGAAAGGCAAAAGCAGUUGCAGCAGCAGAAUGAAAGAGAGAUGAUGCAACAGAUUCGUCAGCAGACAGGCAUUUUAGAGAAGGAGCGUAAAGCCUUCAAGACAAUUGAAAAGCCAAGAACUGGGGAGUCCUUCCUGACACCAUCUUUCCAUCCAUCAGAGCAAAGAGCAGAGAGGCCGUCCUCCCUCCUUAUUCUGAAUACCCUAAAUAAGGAAGAGCCCAAUGUAGUAGGGCCUCCAUCAGUAACAGUAAAAGAUGCAGCUCUUCUUCCAAAAGAUAGUCCUUCUGCUCACCCACCCCAGAAGGACCGACCUGUCACCUUGUUCUUUGAAAAGAAAGGAGGCCCAUGCCAGUCUGCUACUACCAAGGAAUUAUCCAAGACAGACAGAAUGUGCACCCAACUGAAUGUAGCCAGUAAACUCUCUAAUAAUCGUAUUUCAAAAAGAGAACACCACAGACCUACUCAGUCUUAUAGCCACAAAUCUGAUGACUCCUCCAGAGAUGGAAAUACUAGGGUUAUUUUCUUCACACCAAAGGACAAUAUGAGUAUUUCCCUUGUCAACAAGGAAGCCUUAAACAGUGGAAAUCCUCAACUCCGUAAACAAGAUGAACCAAAUUGGAAACCUGUGAAGUUAACUGGGCCGGGCAAAGGAGAGCAGGUUGCCAGACCGGCCCAUAAAAAGAAAGCUCGAAUGGCGCGGACGCGCUCCGAUUUCUUGACUAGAGGUACUUUUGCCGAUGGGGAGGGGGAUACAGAGGAAGAUGAUUACGAUGACAUUAUUGAGCCCCUUCUCUCCCUUGACCAAGCUUCUCACUCUGAGCUAGGGCUUGCACCCAGCCUGGGUCAGGCCUCUCACAGUGACUCCGAAAUGACGUCACAGCGAUUUUCUUCAGUUGAUGAAGAAGCAAAGCUUCAUAAGACUAUGUCUCAAGGAGAGAUUACAAAAUUGGCAGUGAGGCAGAAAGCUUCAGAUUCGGAUAUAAGACCUCAGAGAGCUAAGAUGAGAUUCUGGGCCAAAGGGAAACAAGGGGAGAAGAAGACUACCCGAGUGAAAGCUGCCACCCAGUCAGAGGUUUUGGGAUUCCUUGCUGGCUCAGAUACGAUUCUAUCUCAUCAGUUUCCAGAUGAAUUAGUUCAGUAUCAUCCGACACCUCCUUUGAGCCCAGAAUUGCCUGGUAGUUGCCGGAAGGAGUUUAAAGAGAACAAAGAACCUUCUCCAAAGGCAAAGCGGAAGCGAAGUGUGAAGAUCAGCAAUGUGGCUUUGGAGUCUAUGCACUGGCAAAAUGACUCUGUCCAGAUCAUAGCAAGUGUCAGUGAUUUAAAAAGUAUGGAUGAAUUUCUUCUGAAAAAGAUGAAUGAUCUAGAUAAUGAAGACAGCAAGAAAGACACAUUAGUGGAUGUUGUAUUUAAAAAAGCCUUGAAAGAAUUUCGGCAGAAUAUCUUCAGCUUUUAUUCGUCUGCCUUGGCGGUAGAUGAUGGGAAAAGCAUACGAUAUAAAGACCUCUACGCACUAUUCGAACAGAUUCUGGAAAAGACCAUGAGGCUUGAGCAGCGUGAUUGGAGUGAAUCUCCAGUCAGAGUUUGGGUCAACACUUUUAAAGUGUUUUUGGACGAAUAUAUGAAUGAAUUCAAAACUUUGGAUUGUAUACCCACAAAGGUACCAAAAACAGAAAGAAAGAAAAGAAGGAAAAAAGAAACUGAUUUAGUGGAAGAGCACAAUGGUCACAUCUUUAAGGCUACCCAGUAUAGCAUCCCUACAUAUUGUGAAUACUGUUCUUCUUUGAUAUGGAUAAUGGACCGAGCCUCUGUUUGCAAAUUAUGCAAAUAUGCUUGCCAUAAGAAAUGCUGUCUGAAAACCACAGCCAAGUGCUCUAAAAAGUAUGAUCCAGAGCUGUCAUCUCGACAAUUCGGGGUUGAAUUGUCCCGUUUGACCAGUGAAGAACGAACUGUUCCUUUAGUGGUGGAAAAGCUCAUAAACUACAUUGAAAUGCAUGGACUGUACACAGAAGGGAUUUAUCGAAAGUCUGGUUCAACUAAUAAAAUCAAGGAGCUUCGACAAGGUCUAGAUACAGAUGCUGAGAGUGUAAACCUGGAUGACUAUAACAUACAUGUCAUUGCAAGUGUAUUCAAACAAUGGCUUCGUGAUUUGCCCAAUCCACUCAUGACCUUUGAGCUCUAUGAGGAAUUUCUUCGAGCUAUGGGCCUUCAGGAGAGGAAAGAAACAAUCCGUGGUGUAUACUCUGUGAUUGACCAGCUCUCCCGAACUCAUCUAAAUACACUGGAACGCCUCAUCUUUCAUCUAGUCAGGAUUGCUCUACAGGAAGAAACUAAUCGAAUGUCUGCUAAUGCUUUGGCCAUUGUAUUUGCCCCCUGCAUUCUUCGAUGCCCUGAUACCAUUGACCCACUACAAAGCGUGCAGGACAUCAGUAAGACUACCACCUGUGUGGAGCUGAUUGUUGUAGAACAGAUGAAUAAAUACAAGGCCCGUCUCAAAGACAUCAGUAGCCUGGAAUUUGCUGAGAAUAAGGCAAAGACCAGGCUGUCACUGAUUCGUAGAUCAAUGGGAAAGGGGCGACUUCGUCGAGGAAACUAUCCAAGUCCAUCCUCUCCUGUUGUGGUCCGGUUGCCCUCCAUGUCUGAUGUCCCAGAAGAGACCUUGACUAGUGAAGCCACAGUGGAGACUGACAUCACAGAACAACAGCAAGCAGCCAUGCAGCAAGAGGAGAGGGUACUGACUGAGCAGAUUGAGAACCUACAGAAAGAGAAGGAGGAGCUAACAUUUGAGAUGCUUGUACUGGAACCCCGUGCUUCUGAUGAUGAAACCCUUGAGUCUGAGGCCUCCAUUGGGACUGCUGAUAGCUCAGAAAAUUUGAAUAUUGAGUCUGAAGGUGCCAUCUCUGAGAAAUCAGAGAGAAGCUUGGUCCUUAGCUCCCUGAAGGCAGCUGGCAAAUCUGAACCUUCAAGCAAGUUACGAAAGCAGCUAAAAAGGCAGCAAGACUCUUUGGAUUCAGUAGACUCUUCAUUCUCUACUUUAUGUUCAUCUAACACUGCAUCAUCUCAUGGGACCAGAAAACGAUUUCAGAUUUAUUCUAAAUCUCCUUUCUACCGAGCUGCCUCAGCUGGCGAGGCCCUGGGAGUGGAAGGGCCAUUCGGUCAGACCAAAUCCCUGGAAGACAGGCCUCAGUUCAUCAGCAGAGGAACCUUCAACCCUGAAAAGGGCAAACAGAAAUUAAAGAAUGUGAAAAACUCACCUCAGAAAACCAAAGAGACCCCAGAGGGGACAGUUGUGACUGGCCGCAGGAAAGCUGUGGACCCAGACUCCAGCUCCACCCAACAGCUAGCUCUCUUUGGAAAUAAUGAGUUUAUGGUCUGAACUGGCAGCUGUGUGUCCCUUCAUGGCUACAGAGUGGUAAACACAUCUCAGCUUUGGGGCCUCUUCUCAUCCCCUCGUCCACAAUAGUCCAACCUAAUUGUGGUCCUGCCUCUUGCCCAAGCAUACAACCAAGAACUUGUGUGCUAAUUUCCUGGGCCUCCUGCAGAAACAGAAAGGCCUCUGUGAAGCCUGCUGGGGAUGGUGCCAGCUGUGCCUUGGCUGCUGUAUUUGACUGGGGAGUUCACUAAACAGAGCCACCGGGGGCCUGGGGAUUUGGGUCAGUUGUGGAGAUCUUCCUAGUUGCCUCUCCUCCAUCCUCUUUUCCUUCCCAGAGGUGGGUGUUGAACUGGGGGGAACAUGGUGGGCCUGAGGGAACCACUGAUUUUUGACAUUUGAAGAAAACAUAUAAAUCUUUCUUAACCGUGAAAGCAAAAGCCUUUGGGUUUAUUUUGGGAUAGUUAGGAGCUGGGGUAGAAUAUAAUUUUUUUCCAAGGAUUUAUAAACAAAAAGCUUAAGCCCUCUAUUUUAAGAUUUUUGAGAAAUACUCCAUGUUAUAUUCUGGGGAAAGUAAAAAUGUAAUUGUUUCCAUGAAGCCAUCAGAGCAUGUCUCAGACAUCUGGUUACAUGAUGAAGAAGAGAGUACAUGUUUUGUUUUUUGAUGAUGUUCAGUGUCAUAAUAAUGCCGGUUUCACUCCUGGUUAGUUUCUGCCAAAUAUAUUGCAUGGGCUGAAGUUUCAGUUUUCCUACUGUACUCAGACUUCCUGGUCCUAGGAUUAGGUUCCUCUAAUUUUUUUAAAGUAUCUCAGAGACGUGGUGAUCCCUAAAUAAGAGGGUCUCAUCCUAAUCCACCCAGGCUUUCCUCUUUGUAUAGAUUAAUAAGCUGAAGAUCACGUACGAACCUGUUCAUCUGCUGGUGGAUUUCCACCACAAACUCAGACAAGUAAUGUGACCGUCUAAUCACUUCUCCUAAAACAUUCAUACACAACACUGCAUGAAUAAGUGUUAACAGAAAGCUGCCAAAAAAAAUAAAAAAGUUUUCAAUAUAACCAUCUAACGAUUACCUUCUUUUCCUCAGACCAUCAGUAUUAAAUAGAUGAAAAAAUAAAUCAAGGACUACUUGAAGCUAUUUUUGUUAAUAUUCUGGUUACUGAAGUUUACUGUAAAUAUAUAUGUAUAGUAUGCAUAUUUCUUUUUAACCUUAUGCUUCCCUCCUCCUGGUGGAAUUUCUUCCCACAGAUUAAGGGCCAUUGGGUAGGGGUGAGAGCCACUAUCCCAGGGUUGAGGGAAAAACCAGACCAUCUUUUUCACCACUGGGUGUCUCCCUACACCUGAGCUAUAAUAGCAUUUUAAGCUUCUUAGCAUUUGUGGGAUUAGAAAUCUGUUUUUGCUAUUUAUAAUAUAUGGAAGAUGAAACAUGAUACUCUUUCUUGAGAUAAGUAUGUGAAAAUGUUUAUUUUUAAAGUUACUAAACGCAUCUUGUCUAACUACCACGUGCACUGUUCUGAAAAAGAGCCUUUACCAUCUGUAACCUGAAUUUUGGUUAUUCUUUCUUUUCAUACUUCGAUUUGAAGUUGUGGAAAUGUUAAGACUUUGUUAGGGCAGAUUCUCUCCUGUUACACAACACUGAACCUCAUGUCACUGCCUCAGUGGUUAUUGUCAAGCCCCAGAGGUCAGGCUUAGAACAUCAUUCUGAGUGGCAGCUAAAGGUAGCAGGAGUCUUACCUCUCCCUGGUUUGGUUUCAGAAAUGAGCUAGGGAAAGGAAUCUUUUUAAAUCUCCAGAAUGAUGAUGGUUGUGAGUAAGUGUUAGAUUUUAUAUCCCGCAAACAUCUGCCACCUUAUUCAUGCUGAGGAAUAAUAAAUGUUAAAGCCUUUUAAAAAUCGAACUUUGGAGAAUCUCUUAGAGGAAAGCCCAACCCCUCAGCAUGGUCAGGUCCCAGUGGGACUUCUGGGGCCCCAGGGCCCCAAGCCAGGCUACGCAGGCUGUUUCAGUAUUCCUGGGGGAGUAGUGUCCUGCUGGGCAUGGACUACUACUCUUUACUUGCUCCAGAACAUUGAUUAAAUACCAUAUGAGAAAGAGAUGACCCUUGUUGGAUAGUUUCCUUUGGCUCCAAGGAACGGCUUAGAGAACACAUCUUGGCAUAUGUUCUCCCUUCUAAAUUUUUGCAGAUUUUCUUUGUUUGUUUGCAAAAUAAGUUUUUGGCAGUUGGAAAAAAAAAAUUACUCCUAUAGGCCACUUUAUAAGAACUAGGCAAUGGAUGUUAAGAGACUUUAUAUUUCUCAGGGACCUGAAACCUGAAUUUGGAUAAAAUUAAAUAAAAAAUACUUGUUUUUUGGUUGCUAGAUUUGUGGAUUUCUAGUCAUUUAACAAAGUGCCAGAAUGGAGGGUUGUGGGGGCGGGGAGAGAUCCGCACAAUCCUAAGAAUGAAGAGCAAGUGUGGGACCCUCCCUUUGAAGGAAAGAAAGCUUUGCUUCUCAUAGGAUAACAAAUACUGUUGGCCUAACAAAGAGAUGAAGCCAUAACUCCUAAAAACUGUCAGAACCAAGUGCUGUAUCUUCUUCCAUAUGGUCUUAACUGGUCCUCUCUGUGGUUAAAGUUAUGUCACCACAAAGUGAUGAUGUAUUAUAAUCAUUUACAAUGAAGAUGUGUAACCUUCAUAUACAUCGCAGCUGCGCUGCCCAUUGCUUCUGCUUUGCUUUUCUUUGAUCUCACAUGCUACAGACAAAAAUCCCUGUGUGGCAGCAAUGGGGCAGCCCCACAUUUGGAGCCCAUACUCCAAAAUACGGAGGUAUUCUGUUCGUAUCACACAUUCCACCCCAAACAAAGCCUGGAUUUGCACUUCUCCACAUUAAAGCCAGCUAUCCCUUAUCAUGGAAAAUGAAAUAGAAGCAGAGAAGUAUCAUUUUAAGGUUACAUUGUGUAUCAUAAGUGAAGCAAAUUUGUUUAAACAGCAAGGAUCAGGGAGGUGACGUACUUAGUUUGUAACGCACUUCCUGCCAUUUUAAUUCCUUUGCUACUCUGGGCUUCUAGAAACACAAAGGGGAGAUACAGAGUUCUCAGUACGGGCCUUGAAGAGACAGAGGGACCUGAAGUCAGGGAAUGGGAUACCAGAGCCCCUACCUUCUCACACUUUGGAAACCAGCUGCAGCUCUUACUCUGCUGCUGGGAGGUUAGUGGAGACUUCUGUGUUCUUGACAGAGGGUGGUUUUCACUGUCAAAGACAGAGGAGAGAAGAGGGGGUCCCAGAAGCAUGCUGAAAAGAGGAAGCCCAGCAAGGUUCUGCAGGCCCACUUCAGUGACUCUGGGCCAUGUUGGGUUUUUUUGUUUUUGUAUUUUUAAACUAUAACUAACGAAUGUGUACCUUUCACAAGCACUUUGGUGAGCUAGAGAAGAAAUUCUCAGGAUGUGUUCAAAGCUAAGAGAGUUUUAAUUUUAAAAAGAAACAUAGUUCAGAUGGUUUUCCUCAUCGUCCUCUCCUCUUUUUUCCUCCUUGGUGGGGGAGCUAGGCAAUGGGCAUGCAUCGUUCUGUGUUGACAAAUGCAUUAUGUCUAUCCAUAAUUUUGUGACAGUUCCCCAGCACUGUCCCCCCAGUAACACAAUGCCGGCCUUGGUAGUAAGUCCUUGGCAUUUGAGGGAGUCCUCAGUCUUUCUGUGCCCCUCAUAUAAUUUUUACCACUUUUUUUCUGGAACCACUCCCACAUUUGAUUUGGUGUUAAAAGGUAACAGCAAAAUAAUGAUUGUGGAGGUGGAUCUAUUAGGUCUUAUCGGUCUCUUGGUUAAAAGUGUUUUCAAAAAAGCCACACGAAGGCACCUAUCCCCUUGCUAUUCAUUUAUAAUUAAUACCUAUUAUCAACCCUCUUAGGUCAUAUAAAAGUUGGCACCUUUUGAACCAAGUAAUUGCAUUUACUAGAGGAAAUGUGUGGAUUACAAAUUAGUAUUGUAUUAUUUUAAUAGAUUCAAAGUAAUUUAUAAGUAUGCUGAGUGUAAAUUUUUAAAAGACUAUGUAUUGUAAAAGGACAUAUCCUGUGAAAUAUAAUAUCAUUUUACUGUUUAACAGAAUAAUUCUAUAAAAAGAAUGAUUUAUCUCACCCACAGAACUGAUUACAUUCCUGAUGCAAUCAACAGGCACUUUGUAAUUUCCUUUUGGGUUGGUUUUUUGGUUGUUGUUUUUUUGUUUUUGUUUUUGUUUUCUGUUGUUGUUGGAGCGGGGGGAGCAAAACAUCAUCUGUAGAAAGUGCAGUUUGUGUCACUCCGAAUAUGCACUGUACAGCUACACAAAAGCAGCUUGAUGAACAAAUCACUCCAUGGCUCAUUAAAGAACAAAGCUUCCA